AUGCCGGGUGUACACCAGGAAGCUGAAGGCAUCACUGGUCGGUUUUGGCUUCGGGGGUGGAUCAGCCAGAAGCUCUUCAACUUCGUCCGGGUCGAGCUCCGGCUCCGGCUCGGGUUCAGGUUCCUCAGGUUCCUCAGGUUCUUCUGGCUCGGGUUCUGGCUCAUCCGGGGCAUCUUCAGCAGCAGCUUCUCUUGCUUCAAUCUUGCUCUGCAGCGCCUCGUAUCUCUCCUUAUCCUUCUUACCCAACUUCCCUCUCCUCUCUUUCUUAGCUUCGAGGGCCGCGAAUUCUGCAUCAUCCGCUGCGUCUUCCUCGGCCUUCGCUGCAGCUUCCUCGGCUGCUUUAGCUGCUGCUUCUUCGGCCUCUGCGGCGGCAGCCUCCUCGGCUUCCUUGGCUGCUGCUUCUGCUGCUUCUGCUGCUUCUUGAGCUGCUGCUUCCGCAGCCGCAGCCCGUUGAUCGGAACGCUCUUUCAGGUACUCAUACCUCUCGCGGCUCUUAGUGGGAAGCCUUCCGAACCUCUUUUCUCUCCUGGCCUCCAGCUCGGCGAGCUCUGUCUCUUCAGCCUCAAUUUCUUCGGCUUCCUUCGCAGCAGCCUCCUCAGCUUCUCUAGCAGCAGCCUCUUCUGCUGCAGCGGCUUCCUCUGCGGCGGCGGCGGCUUCAGCUUCGGCGGCAGCUGCUUCAGCUUCAGCGGCGGCCUCUGCUGCAGCAGCGGCAUCUGCAGCCCCCUCAAGGUCUGCGAGCUCUGCCUCUUCAGCUUCGAUCUCUUCGGCUUCCUUUGCAGCGACCUCCUCGGCCUCCCGAGCAGCUGCAUCUUCUGCAUCUUCUGCAUCCUCUUCGUCGACUUCAUCAUCCUCCGGGGCCUCUUCAGGUUCCGGAUCUGGCUCGGCUGCCUCUGCUGCUGCUGCUGCUGCUGCUGCAUCCGCAGCCCCCUCAAGGUCGGCGAGCUCUGUCUCUUCAGCCGCAAUCUCCUCAGCUUCACGAGCAGCCGCCUCAGCCGCAGCAGCAUCGUCAGCCUCGGGCUCUUCUUCAGCCUCGGGCUCUUCCUCGUCCUCCUCGGGAGCAUCUUCAUCUUCGGGGGCUGGUUCUUCCUCAGCAGCUGCGGCUGCAGCGGCUGCAUCCGCAGCUCGCUUCUCAGAGCUCGGCUAACUCCGUCUCCUCAGCUUCGAUUUCCUCAGCUGCAGCUGCGUCGUCGGCCUCAGGAGUCUCCUCGGGUUCAGGUUCGGGCUCUGGCUCUGCCUCAGCUUCUUCAGCUGCCUCAGCUGCCUCAGCGGCAGCAGCCGCUGCUGCUGCCCGCUGUUCUGAACGUUCUUUCAGAUAUUCGUAUCUUUCGGUCCGUCAUCAACCUCAGGCUCAGGCUCGGGCUCGGGCUCGGGUUCGUCUUGUUCUUCCUCUUCUUCUACAGCCGCCUCAGCAGCGGCAGCGGCGGCAGCAGCAUCCGCAGCCCCUUUCCGAGCCUCGAGAUCAGCCAGUUCCUGCUCCUCGAGAAGAAUUUCUUCAGCUUCCUGAGCAGCUGCUUCAGCGGCAGCUGCAUCAUCAGCCUCGGCCUCGGCCUCAGCGUCUUCAAAAACCUCCUCGGGGGCUUCUUCAGCUUCAGGCUCAGGCUCAGGCUCAGGCUCAGCUUCUUCUUCUUCUACAGCUGCCUCGGCGGCGGCAGCAGCAGCGGCAGCAUCUGCAGCCCGUUUCUCCGAACGCUCUUUAAGAAAGUCUUCCGCCUCUUCUACUUGAAUCUCUUCAGCCUCUCUUGCUGCAGCCUCUUCGGCUUCCUUUGCUGCAGCUGCAGCUUCUGCUUCGGCUGCGGCGGCGGCUUCGGCGGCGGCGGCAGCUUCUGCUUCAGCUGCUGCUGCUUCAGCCGCAGCUUUCUCCUCAGCUCUUUUAUCAGCUCGCUCCUUGAGAUAGUCGUAGCGUUCACGCUCUUUUUUGCUCGCCAGCUUCCCUCGCUUAGCCUUCCUAGCUUCGAGCUCAGCAAGCUCAGCAUCUUCAAUCUCAAUCUCCUCAGCUUCACGAGCUGCCGCCGCUUCGGCUUCAGCUGCUGCUUGGGCUUCGGCCGCUGCCGCUGCUUCAGCUGCAGCUGCAGCAGCGGCUUCUUCGGCUUCCUUGGCAGCGGCUUCCGCUGCCUCUGGAUCUUCCUCUUCGGGAGCAGGUUCGGGUUCAGGCUCAGGCUCAGGCUCAGCUUCUGCAGCUUUUGCCGCCGCCCGCGCAUCGAUGCGCUCCUUGAGUUCAUCGUAGCGGUCGCGAUCUUUCUUGGCCGGAAGCCUCCCUCUCUUGGCCUUCUUAACUUCCAAUGCUGCAAGUUCGGCUUCCUCCAGAGCAAACUCCUCUGCUUCCCGAGCGGCCGCCUCUUCUGCCUCCCGAGCUGCGGCCUCCUCAGCUUCCCUAGCAGCAGCUUCCUCAGCCUCUUUAGCAGCAAGCUCCUCGGCUUCUCUCGCCGCCGCCUCUUCUGCCAGUCGAGCUGCCUCGGCCUCAGCCCUUGCGUUUGCCUUGUCCUUCAAUUGGUCGUAUCUCUCCUUGUCUUUCUUCGUGAACUUGUUCUUCUUUGGGUUGGCCUUCUUAACUUCCAAGGCUGCAAGUUCCGCCUCUUCUUCCGCAAUAAGAGCUGCUUCUGCUUCAGCGAGGGCUGCAGCUUCAUCAACCUCUGGUACUGGCUCCUCCGCUGGCUCCGGCUCCGGCUCCGGCUCUGGUUCUGGUUCUAG